UAAGGCUGCAGACCCUGAAUUGGGAUACAGCCAAAGGUCCAAAAAUCCUAUUACGGUCUCUGUAUGAUAACACCUUAAUUUAAGUAGACACGUCACGUGGUCGGAUACGAACAGGCUGUGCUUCAACCAGGGGGAGAGACGCAGGCGCAUCGGUCCCGUGCAGUGGAUUUCUCCCAGCGGAACGCCAUGGAUUUUAUGACAGAUCAGGAUGUGCAGAGGUACCAGGAGGAUGGAUACGUGGUUCUGGACGGGCUGCUGACCUCUCAGGAGUGUGAUGAACUGAGGCAGAGGAUGGCAGAGAUUGUGGAGCGGAUGGAUGUCCCCGAACACUGCCGCACCACCUUCUCCACCUACCAUGAUGAGCAGCUAAAAAAACAGGGAAAUGCUGACUAUUUCAUCACAAGUGGAGAUAAGAUCCGAUUCUUCUUUGAGAAAGGGGUUUUUGAUGACAAAGGGGAGUUUACUGUACCCAAGCAGCGGUCACUAAAUAAAGUUGGACAUGCACUGCAUGCCUAUGAGCCGUUGUACAAAAAGGUUACACUUUCGCCCAAAGUCCAGGGCAUAGCUAAAAAGCUGGGCCUAGUGAGUCCUGUGAUUCUCCAAAGUAUGUUCAUAUUUAAGCAACCAGGCAUCGGUGGGGAAGUGACUCCACACCAAGAUGCUACAUUUCUGUACACGGAGCCCCUGGGCAGAGUUAUGGGGGUAUGGAUUGCCCUGGAAGAUGCUACUAUUAACAAUGGCUGUCUGUGGUUUAUCCCAGGAUCACACAACAGCGGUAUCACUAGACGUAUGGUGCGUACUCCAAAGGGCACCUUUCCUCUGACCGACUUUAUCGGUAGAGAGCAGGCAUAUGAUGACGAGAAGUUUGUUGCUGCACCAGUGAAAAAAGGUGGUGUUAUCCUGAUCCACGGAGAGGUGGUGCAUCGAAGUGCUGAAAACACCUCUGAAGAGUCUCGUCAUGUCUACACCUUCCACAUCAUGGAAGCCCAGCAGACCCGCUGGAGCCCUGACAACUGGUUGCAGCCCACUGAAGACCUCCCUUUCCCACCUCUCUACACUUGAAGGAUUCUUUGCAUCCGGUGCUGCUCCAAAGAAUAACCAGCAUCUAUGAUAUUUUCAUCAAGGAAAAAAAAAUCUGAUAAUACUGUUUCAUUAACUUCCCAAAGAAUGGCUGUGCUUGCAAUAUUCUUCUGAUAAGGGUAAAAGGAUCUUAUUACACAAGAAAACAAUAGGCUGAUUCCUGAGCUCAGCCUGUUGUUCCUGUAUCGAUCGUAGCCAAGUGUUAUUCAUGACCCAUGAUAACAAAGAUAUAGAAAAAAUAGACAUGUAUAAAUAAGAUAUACUACCAGUCAAAAGUUUGGACACCUUCUGAUUUAAUGGUUUGUCUUUAUUUUUAUGGCUGUUUACAUUGUAGAUUCUCACUGAAGGCAUUACAACUGUGAAUGAACACACAUGGAAUUAUGUAGUUAACAAAAAAAAAUGUGAAAUACCUCAAAACAUGUUUUAUAUUUUACAUUCUUCAACAUAGCCACCCUUUGCUUUGAUUGCUGCUUUGCACACUCUUGGCAGUCUCUCAAUGAGCUUCAUGAGGUUAUCACCUGAAAUGGUUUGUGUCCAAACUUUUGACUGGUAAUGUAUAUCCAUCCAUUUCUCUCAACUUGAACAAUUUGGAGUCACUGGGCUACUGAGAGGUGGCUACACCCUGGACAGGUUCACAGUCUAUUGCGGUCUAUUCACACCCACGGUCAAUUUAGAACCACCAGUUAACCUAACUUACAUGUUUUUGGAGUGUGGGAAGAAGCCGGAUUACCUGGAGAUCACCCACAUAGGCACAGGGAGAAUAGACAAACUCCACAGAGGUGGUCCCCAACCCCAAUCAUAAACCCUGUGCUGUGCUGUCUGCAAAACAUUUUUGUUAAUAUCUUAAACUUCCAGAAUAGUUCUUCUGGGGGACAUUCAAAAUGAAUGUUUUGAUAUGCUUUGCAACUCAAUUCAAUUCUGUUUAUAAAGCACUAAAUCACAGUUUUAUAUUUAUAUAAAAUAUAGAUUAUAUUUUAGGGUAAAGACCCUACAAUAAUGAAGAGAAAAUCCCAACAAUCUGAUGACUCCCUAUGAGUGAGUACUUGGCAACAGUGAGAAGGAAAAACUCCCUCUUAACAGGAAGAAAGCUUCAGAAUUACCAGGAGCAGGGAGGGAAUGCCAUGUGCCACGACCUUUAGGAAGUGAUGAGGGAAGGAAGACCCAGUUGAGCAUUUCUUUGAAAUGGUGUACAUCUGGGAAAGAGGCUUUGAGAAACAUUUUUUUCCUUGGUCAUGUCAAAAGUGACACAUGCUCAUCACGUGUAUAGUAACCAUAUAUUUAAAGGAAGUCCAGGCCAUGGAUUAGCUGCUGUCUUCUCUGCAAGUUUCAGGCUGUUAACAGCAGCAGGUUUGCAGUUGAAAGACUACACCUAAACUUUCUUGCAUGCCACAAGAAAACAGCUCAACACCAGACUGAUUUUGCAGCAUGCAGCAUUAUAAUUAUGUUAACACUUGAAACCAUGUUUUAAUAACAUUGUAAUAAGUCUGUUAACUCCAUAUUUAACCAGCUUUCCUUCCUGGCUUUAAAUAGACUUUAUUGAUAUUGCACUUUUUCAGUCAAAACACUUAAAGCACACACACACAUUCAUAGGAUUUUUUUUUAAAUUACAUACUGUACAGCGCGUUUUCGAUCACAGUCUCACACGCUGCUGAUUUGGCUGCAGCAGUGUUGCUUUCAUCCGAUAUACUGUGUUUGAAAUUUUUGCAUUUUUGUGCCGUUUUGAUUUGAUCAUCCUUGGGAAAAUAUACUGCUCUGCUACCAGUAUUUCGGUUUGACAAAUUCAGUCUGUGCAACUGCUUAGCCAGUCUGCUUAUGUCAAGUUAUCACAAAAAGAGGGUAACAGAAGAAUUAAACUAGUUUUAUAAGAAAAAAAAAUUGCAAGCUUGGCCAUUCUCUGGUUCCUUACUAACCAGCAUUUGGACUAAUAAUUUUUUCUAACUUAAUUAUAAAUUUGCUGGAAAAGUAUUUUAAAUUGUGGCUGAAAAUUUCUUUUUAAAUAAACAUUUUUUUUGAUCAAGUC